AACACAAAGCAUGGAACAGAUAACUGAAAAGGUUAACGACGUGAUUGCGGUGAUUCCUCCCAAGUUGGAGCAGUUGCAGCAGUAUUUCAAGCACCAUUUUGUUCAGGACGUGGAGUCUUAUAUCGAUGAAUUCAAGUCUCUCGACUCUGAUCAGGUACUCGAAUCUUUCAAACAGCUCAAAGUCAAUUCUGUCACCGUGACUAUUUCCAUCGUGGGGCUCACCACGCUCUUUGUACUUGGACGUUUGUUAUUUGGAGGUUCUUCUGCCACCUCGGAAGAGAAACCCAAGAAGAAAAAGAAGAAGACAUCAAAAGCUAAGAAGGCCAAUAAACAGAUUCAAGACCUCUUGGACAAUUUUGAAACCACCUGGGUUCCACAAAUCAAUGAUUAUUUCAACGACUACAAGACAAUGAAACCUGAAGAUGCCCAGUACAAGUACAAGUAUUUCCAGGAAAUGUUAUUGAAAGAAUUAUUCAAGUUGGAUGAAGUUGACACCUUGGGAAACCCUGUCAUCAGGGAAAACAGAAAGAAAGUCAUCCAGUUCAUUCAGGACCACCAGAAAAGAUUGGAUGCGUUCAAGAAAGAAGUGGAUUUGUAGAUUGCACUACCAUAUACAAUAAUAUAACAUAGUAUCAACUUUCAAACUCUUCUGGAGUAAGACGCCGGCCACCCUUCACUCCAUACUCAGCAAUUCCCAGUGGAAAUGGAUCAAAUACAUCGGUGAAAAGCGGCAACUUAUCACCCAACCAAAGGGCCCUGUUGGUGUGGUCCAAGAGGUCGUCCCCAGAUUGUGGAUGAAUUAAUACACUCAAGCUGCCGUGGUUCAAUUGAAACCAACUAAGAACCCUGAUGAAUAUUUCGGGACGGCACACGUCAACCUCCCAAAACUGCGUUGGAUGAGGCCCUAUGAUCUGGUCGUUGGGCAACUUUUUGACGAUAACAGAUCCGUCUUUGCCCUCUUUUGUAAACUCAGCUAGAAAUUUGUCCCGCAAAAAGUUCGAUUCUGACAAUGAUUUUUUAUUGUGGGCAAAAUAGUAGACAUGGAAGUCGUAGUACUUAAUGGGGUACUCGUACGAAAGUCCGAGAGUGGAUUUGGUGGCACUCGAAGGGUCCUCGGGGUUCAAUUUUGUUAAGUAAUCCAUGAGAACAGGAAAAGUGUGGAGUUG